CAGCUAUCAUCGUCACAAUUGGCUGGUCAGAUCUGAUCCCUCGCACGGAAAAAAAAAAUAAACCUAAUUCGGACUCCCAGGCUCUAAAACAUCACUCAAGCAUGAAGGAACAACAUUAGGCUGCACCGAUAAUGGUACUUUCUCAUCGAUACCUUAUAAUUCUUGGUCUGACAUGGAUACUAUCUGAAGCAACGGAGCAAAAGGCACGUGUGUGUGAAAAUGGCAAAACCAAGUUUUUGCCAGGCUCAGCCGUACCCACCUCAGGGCGCCUGCAGGCCCUUCGCGCGCUAAUGGCCAAUAAGACGAUUACAGAUGGAGGAGUACAGGCGUACAUGGUCCCGUCAUCAGAUGCUCACCAGACUGAAGACGUGGCGCCCCAGCAUAAGAGAAGACAAUUUAUUUCAGGAUUCAGCGGAUCUCAUGGUAUGGCCAUAGUGACGGUGGCAAGCGCUGCUUUGUGGACAGACGGUCGGUACUUUCUACAGGCGGAGAUGGAAAUGGACUGUAACUGGAAGCUCCAGAAGGAGGGGCUCCCAGAUACGCCAAAGUUUUCGGAGUGGCUAGCUGAGAAGUUACAAGUCGGUUCACGCGUGGGAGUCGAUCCGUUUUUGCUAUCUAUAUGCGACUGGAACAAAUUAUCUAAGAAUCUGAAGGAUAUGGGGAUAGUUCUUGUCCCAAUCAAGAAGAACUUGAUAGACUUGAUCUGGAAAGAACAGCCAGAAUUAUUUGCUGUUAAACCCAUUUACUCACUUGGAUUACAGUUCACAGGGCAACCAUGGCAAGACAAACUACGAGAUCUUCGUUUAAAAAUGUCCAAAAAAUCCACCACAGCGAUUGUUCUACAAGCACUAGACGAAAUAGCAUGGAUUUAUAAUCUUCGUGGUGGCGACAUUUCUUUUUCUCCGGUCUUCUUCUCAUACUCGGUCAUCACACAGUCUUCAGCUACACUCUAUAUAGAUAAUCGUAAAGUCACCCCUGACGUGAGGGAGCAACUCGGAGCGGAUGACUGCGAGGCUGUGUCAAUGUGCGUCAAAAUCAAGCCUUAUGAAGCUGUCUUAGACGAUGUGGAGAAAGAAGGUCUGAAGCCUAAAGCAAAUAUCUGGCUCACUCCCUAUUGUAACUACGCACUGAAGAUGGUCAUCCCACUGGGGAAGUACACGAUAGUAGAAUCACCGAUUGCUUUACCGAAAUCAAUCAAGAAUGAAGUAGAGAUCGCGGGUAUGAAAAGAGCAAACAUACGUGACGCAGUCGUGAUUAGCGAAUACUUGGAUUGGCUUGAACGAGAGGUGGAAAAGGGCAAUAACAACCUGACUGAAAUCACGGCAGAAGACCAGCUCCUUGAAUUCCGAAAAAAGCAAGAUAAUUUCAUUAGUCCAAGUUUUGCAACUAUUUCUGGAUUUGGCGCCAACAGUGCCAUCAUUCAUUACAAGGCGAAUGAAUUCACCAACACAAAGAUUACAAAAGAUGGACUCUAUCUCCUGGACACCGGUGGACAGUAUUUGGAUGGUACAACUGACACCACGCGAACAGUCCAUUUUGGCACACCAACACAGCACCAGAUUGAUUGCUAUACAAGGGUGCUAAUGGGCCAUCUGGACAUUGCCAUGGCGAUUUUUCCAAAUGACACAUAUGGUCGCGCGCUGGAUAUCUUUGCACGGGAGCCCCUGUGGAGGGUGGGGCUCGACUACAGGCACGGGACGGGCCACGGAAUAGGACACUUCCUCAACGUGCACGAAGGGCCCCAGUGCAUAUCCCCUGGGUUCCCAAGCGACGAAGAGAAGAAACUGACAAAGGGCAUGAUCCUAUCCGACGAGCCAGGAUACUAUGAAGAUGGUCAAUUUGGAGUUCGCCUGGAAAGCGCAGUGCUUGUGCAGUCUGCAAACACACCGUAUAAUUUCAAUGGAAUGGAUUACCUGAUGUUUGAGCCCAUCAUAUAUGUACCAUUCCAACGCAAGCUGAUCAACGUGUCACUACUCAGGCCAUCACAGAUCGAAUGGCUAAACAAAUACAACCUCCGCACUCGAGUCGUCAUAGGGAAAGAGCUUCGUCGCCAGAAGAAAGACCAAGCAUGGGAAUGGCUAAUGAGAGAGACUCAGCCAUUCGUCUGACAGAGAUGUAUGGCAUAGCGAGGCACUUAUAUCAAGCUCGAUUAUGAGUCUGAGACGUUCAUCUUAAGACGUGCUCACCGCUGUCCAUUGAUAACAGCACAACACAAUGAUGAUGUUGAACAUCAUCGCAGGCGCGCAGACAAGAAUUGCGGCGGGUGGGAGGUGCGCAGGCAUAGAUACCAAAUGGAAAUGUAUGAUAUUUGAUUAUCCUUCAGUCAUUCAAUAAGUAGGCCACCUUUUUGUGUUUGAGGGUUGAUGUCUGUGCAUCCAUCCCCCCUCCCCUUAUAGCUACGCGCGUUGUCAUUAUUAUAGCUCCCGCUCGAGGCAAAAGUCAUGUUCUGGGACUCUUUUUAAGAUGGCGGCCAGUUUACGAAGACAUUUUCCACUUACACUGUCCUAGGGCGAUAAAAAGUUGAAAAAAUGACGCGCACUCCCAAAAAUGACGCGCACUCCCAAAUAUGGUAUUGAUGUGGUAUUAUGGUAGGAAUGUGCCGAACAGUCUAGAAAAAAUACUUUUUUUUCUUAAGGGAUUGCUUGAUAUGAUUUUUAAGUAGAAACGUACGACUCUGGUACGAAAGCUUCAACUGCUAGCGCAUGCGUAUUGUUUAUCUGCUCUCCGCUGGCCGGAAAGUAAAAAAAAACUCGAAAUAGCGGUUGAAUAAACUUUUUGUAAAGCUU